AUGACAGGAACACAGACUUCCUGUUGCGCCCGCUGCAAUGCGCAGACGUCCAAGACCUGCCAGGGCUGCGCUGACGCUAGCGGCUGUGUUGACGGAGCAACAAAGACCUUUUAUUGCGGCGUUCAGUGUCAAAAGGCGGACUGGCAAGCCCACAAGAAGACUUGCAGACGCUUGAAGGCACACAAGAGUUUAUACCAAGCAGGCAAAGUCUUGAGAAUUCUUUGGCUGGCCUUCCGCACCCACUCAAACUUCAUCAACGUUGAAAAAGUCGAGAAUGAGGGCGACAAUAUCACCUUUUGGGGGACACAAGGAUUUUAUGCGGAUGAGCUCAUCCUGAAGCCCUUUGCCCAUCAUCUCUUUGCCGACGGAAAGCUCAAGGAAGCCGUUCUCAAUUAUGGAGCAUGCGCACACGCUUACAGUAUCAACUAUGUCGUUCGUUCGCUACUAUCUGAUAUAUGUGACGAUCUUGUAGAAGUGAAGUUCGCAAUUGUCAACAAGCGGUACCGCGUUACUUAUUUCCUCCGAGCGAAUGCCUCAAUGCCGUACCAAAAAUGUACUUCCACCAACUUUUCUAAAAGCAAACAUCAGUCACAAACUGCUGAUCGGGAGCCAACUAUUCAUCACGUCUUUCGUGUCCGCCUUAAAGCCACAAAGGAGUACUUUGUCAUCGACCUCUCCAAUGCACAGUUCGGUUUCUUCGACACUGUUAUACCUUGGGAAAAGUAUCUUUCAGAGCGAGUUGCGGUGUUCAAGACCACCGAUCCUCUUGGAACUUAUGAUUGGUUCAAGUGGUUGGGCCGGAGCGUCGAAACAGUCAGGGAAUUCGACCUGAAGACCUUCACGGCCUUGCGACUUGAGCAAUUAUUCGAAGCUUGGCUGAGCGAGAAUCACCUUACGACCGCACAGUUGAUUGCGAUGAGCGGAGCAUCUUUCGCAGAUAGGUGUGCUGAGUUGGAGAAGCAUCUUUUCAAUGGUUUGAUUCAGACAUACAAACAAGCAGAACAAUUCUGUGAUCUUGCAUGGGCACUACGCGGCGAGACAAACCGCAAGGCGAAGUGGAAUGAGACGAUCGAGUUGCUGAAGAAGAUUGGCCUUUUGGACAGAGCUUGCUCAGCAGACAACCAGCGAUGGCUUCAGUCUUGCGGGUGGGUAUUUGUUCGACAUGCGCCGCCUCCAUCGACCUCGAGCAGCUUGUCUACUGUCGUGUGA